AUGGCUUUCCCGCAGACGCCGUCUCAUGCAUUGCCCGGCGCUUUCUUGAAUACUCCUGCUAUUGCAUCGCGCUUUAACGCCCAGCAAGAUCCGGUUCGCCGCCAAUUAUUUCGGGAUAAUUCAGCUCCUAGCGGUGAACUCUCAAGAUUCGCUCCAAAUCACGGCCUCGGGCUUAAUGCUCCCACCCAGCCUACCGAUCACCAUACCAUACCAGCAGUACUGCAAACUCAAAAUAUGCCUCCUCAACCUCCAUUAGCUAAGGCUGCUUCCUAUAUCAACAAUGCUCUAGCUAAAGAUGGCGAUUAUCCACAGCUUGAUUCCUACUGCAGACAAAUAUCCUCCGACUACGAUGUCACUCGGGACGACUCCGCCUGGGCACCUUUCCAGAAGACAAAUAUGUAUCCCAUUCCUCAAAACGUUCUCGAGCAGUAUAACAGGGCCGAAGUAUCCACGAUGAUGGGGCUGUUCGCCGAGCUGAACCACGCAUGGGUGACGAUCGAUAAUUGUCUCUACCUUUGGGAUUACACUCAUCCAAACCCGGAGCUUACUGGCUACGAAGACAGCCAGCAUAGCAUCACCGCCGUGAAACUCGUCGCCCCCAAGCCCGACGUGUUCAACAAGGUUAUUACGCACAUAUUGGUUGUAGCUACGACCUCAGAGAUAUUCCUCUUAGGAGUCGCGGCCAAAGAUGCUCCAGGUGGCGCCAAGAGCAUUGAUCUCUACGGUACGAAGAUGUCGUUGCCCCUAAAAGGUACGGAGGCGCGCGUUAUAGCAGGUUCUGCAGACGGCCGCAUAUUUUUCUCCAGCCAGUCGACUAGCGAUAUUUAUGAGCUCAAGUACCAGCAGGAAGAGAAAUGGUUUACCAACAGGACGGAGAAGAUCAACCACACGUAUCGCCCAUGGACUGCCGCAGUCCCUAACCCGACACAAAUUCUUUGGGGUAAGGUUACGAAUGAGCACGUCGUAGAUAUCGUCGUGGAUGACAGUAGAAAUCUUCUCUACUCCCUUUCUAACACGUCGACCGUACGCACUUAUUAUAUGGAGUCGCCGAAUAAACUUACCAAAGUUAUCGAAAAGACCAAGGAUGAUUUUUUGCGCGAUAUCGCCCACGUGCUUAGCGUUGUGUCGCCUUUACUUAACGAGCGCAUCGAUAUCGUGUCGAUUAGCCCUAUCUCUGCCGUUGAAGAUUUCAAGGUUCACCUUAUGGCCCUGACAAAUACGGGAUGCCGUCUCUUCAUGAGCGCUACUAGCGCAGCUUCCUAUAUGUUGGGUUCUUCGAACCAGGCGCCUCAGAGCAUGCAGCUCCAAUCCAUCAAAUUCCCUCCGACUGACCAACGGAGGUCUAGGGUCGACCGGUUUGGGGGCCUCGCUGAUCAGGUCGAUAUCCACGCAAAAUCUCUCGAGAUGAGUCGGCGAGGAAUCCGCUUUGCUCCGGGCUACUUUCUUGAUUUUGUAACUAAACCGGAACAGCCCAACACAGAUCUUUUGUUUAUGUCGGCCCCGGACAGCGGGCGGAUAAACCAUGGGCGCCAGACUCAGAACAUGCGGUACUAUGAGCAUGCCAACUGGAUCGAAAUUGGUAGUAAAGCUGAAGAUGUCGGUCUUGUUACCAAGUCUUUCGCUGCGACUAACCAACCUCAAGGCUUUGGGAAUGAAUUAGCGGUCCAAUUCGACGACCCGAACGGUAGCGAGUUUGCUAUUUUGACGAAUACGGGAAUACAUCUAGUGCGUCGCAGAAGACUGGUGGACAUUUUCGCCUCGGCUAUUAGGGCUGCAGCAGGGGACGAAGGUGUAAAGACCGAGGUGAGCAAGUUCCGCAGUGCUUAUGGCCAUGUCGAGACCAUCACGGCCGCAUUAGCCGUUGCGUGUCGCCAAGGAGAUAAUGGGCGUCCUGGGAUAGCCCGUGGCGCCAUCGACCAAACUACUCAAGACCGAGCAAAGCAAGUCUAUAUCAACUUCGGCGGGAAUCCUAGGCUUCCCGAGCAGGAUGGACAGCCAGCGACGGUUGAAAUGGUACAGCCUUCGACUCGGCACGCAGCCUUAACUUUGUAUCUUAGCCGGCUUGUCCGAUUAUUAUGGAACUCGAGAGUCGUUGGAUUGGGGACCGAUGCGAGCGGCGCGCUGGCGAUAACUAGCGUCAUUUCAACCGACAAGUUAAAGGAAGUUCAGGCGAGCGUAGAGGGUCUGAGAAGCUUCCUAGAUGCGAACCGGUCGUUUAUCCAGGGCCUCGCGGGUCCGGCAGAUAUGCGCAGAGCUGGAAGCAAGCAGGAGGAACUUGGCUUCCAGGGCGAGCAUCAAGCUAUGCGUGCUCUGGAGACGUUGAUGAUGGGCAUUACUGAAGGCAUAUCUUUCGUUACGACCCUGUUUGACGAGCGGGUUACGGAUAUUUUCGCUCGUCUUGAUGACACGUCACGGCAACAGCUUCGCGAUCUUACGUACGAGCAACUAUUUUCUCAGGACAAUGGAAAGGAGCUCGCCAAGGUCCUCGUCAAGGCUAUUGUCAAUCGGAAUAUUGAAAACGGAUCCAAUGUCGAGACCGUAGCAGAUGCGCUACGUCGCAAGUGCGGCAGCUUUUGCAGCCCCGACGAUGUGGUCAUAUUUAAGGCCCAAGAGCAAUUAAAAAGAGCAUCAGAACCGUCUCUCAAUCCAAACACCUCCCGUACACUUCUUCAUGAGAGUUUGAGGUUGUUCCAGAAAGUUGCGAAAAGCCUCACGCAAACAAACCUCGAGUAUGCGAUCGAACAAUAUGUCGGCUUGAGAUACUACGCCGGGGCUAUUCAGCUUUGUCUUGUCGUUGCUAGCGAAAAGGAUCGGGGCAACGCUGCACUUUCCUGGGUUAACGAUGGUAAGCCAAUCGGCGACCCCAGGGCAAAGUUCUUUGACCAACGCAAGGUCUGCUACGGCUUAAUUCAUCACGUUCUCCAGGACCUCGACGCCGCCUCCAGCCGGGAGCCCGAAAUGAUCGACGGAAAACCGACACUGAUAGCAACCAAGCGCGCAGAGGCUUAUGAUGUCGUCAGCAGCUCGUCAGACGAAGUUUUCCAUUUUGAUCUAUAUGAUUGGUAUAUACAACAGGGGUGGACCGAUCGCCUUCUUAGCAUUGACUCGCCGCAUGUCACGACCUUCCUCCGCCGUCUAGCUACCAAGGAUAUCGAGCAUGCAGACCUCCUUUGUAGGUUUUACACCAUGCGCAAGCAGUACUUCGACGCUGCCAAGGUCCAAGCCGAACUUGUACAAUCCGACUUCCCAAUUUCUAUUAAAGAUCGUCUUACCCUCCUAAGCAAAGCGAAGACCAACGCCAGUGUUAUGACCGCUGGCGUUAGCCGGCAAGAGCAGCAGCUCCUCAACCACAGGGUGACAGAGCUUCUCGAGGUGGCUCACAUCCAGGACGACCUAUUAGAGAGGCUGAGGGUGGAUAGCAGGAUCCCUGCGGAACGCCAACCAUAUAUCGAGAAGACCUUAGAUGGCCAAAUUCAGUCUCUCUCCGAACUCUUCAAUGGCUACGCCGAUCAAGCCGGUUACUACGAUCUCUGCCUUCUUAUUUACCACGCUGCCAACUACCGACACUCCACCACCAUCGCUCAGACGUGGAACAGCCUUAUUCAGCAAACUCACGAGAACGUCGCUGAACAGUGGUCAGCAUAUAACGUAGAGCGCCGCAAACGUGGAGAACAGGGAGGAGAUCCACCUCCUCAACCAUACGAAGUGCUCGUCGGCCAGAUUCAAGACAUUUGCCACCGUUCUUCCAACGACUCUUUCAUAUUCCCCGUCCCUACUCUCUUACCGGAUAUCUGUCGCUACGCCUUUGAGAAUGCACAGGAUAGAAGAAUCGCCGCAGAUGUCAACUGGCCUGUGAUCGUUUUCCUUAAUCUGGGAGUGAGCUUCGACCUGGUGGUCCGCGUCCUCGAACAGAUGUUCGAGGCGCAAGAAGUACCCUUCCGGGGCUCUGGUCGCGUAAGAAUCGUCGAAUGGAUUACGUUUGCUGUCAGUCAAUGGAUCCGCGAUUUAAAUAGGAAUGGUCGCCCAGAGGCGAGGUUAGAACCUUGGAUUAAUGACCUAAUUCUGGAAUGCGAAAACUGGGUGUCUACGAACUUACGAACUAACAACGAGGGUGGUGCAGACAUGAGAGAUAUUGCACGGAGCGUGAAAGAAAUUAAGCGAGCUGUGGAGGGUUUCGUCGUAUCGCCAACAGCCAGUAGGAGUAUGGGUUUCUAUUGA